AUAACCGGAAGUUUCAAUUUUUUAGAUUCUGCUUUUUUAGAAAACAGUAACUGAGUAAACAUCAUUGCUAUAUAAUUAAACCCUGUUCCAACGUUAGACCAUGCCUGAAGAACAGAAUCUGCGUAAGCUAACAACUAUACAAGGGAAGACCUUCUACCUACUUUUAGAGAGCAACAAAUCGGGAGAUGAUGGAAUGGACCUGCUCCUCAGUGAUGGAACAAUAUGUUGGAUAGGAAACUUAUCUGAAGAGGAUCUUUCAACUUUGAGUGGAGAUUAUAACAUGGAUAUCAAGGCAUACACCAAACAAACUAUAAUGGCACUGACAUCAAACAAAUCUUCGACCUUGAACUUUCAAUAUGAGGUUAAGGUCAUCAGAAAUAAUGUUGAACUGACAUGGAAAAAGCAUGUUCCAGCAGAUGAUGUCAAGAUCAAGCUUGGGUCUGUGGUACUUGAAGAGACUGAUGAUUCUGCCUCUAGCCUGAGUAAAAUCCUGGACUUUUCCAUCCAGAAUGCUGCAAAACUACAAGAGCGUAUAAAGUCCCUGGAGUCAGAUACUGAGAGACUGGCCUCUGAAAGAGCAGGGGCUGUAAAGAGGUUGGAAAAAUGGGUGAAGUCUAAGGAGGACAUGGAGAAGGAUAUGUUUGAGAAGUUUGUUACCAUAGUGAAUUCCAAAAAGCAAAAAAUUAGAGAACUAAAGGCUGCUAAUGUGUCCAGGUCUCAAGAUGAGACUGACCCUCCAACUCCUCCAAGGUCAAAGGUCAGUAGGUCAAAGGUGAAGGACACAGAUGUAGAUGUUGAGGAUAGCAGGGAGAAAAGUGACAUUCGUGAUAGACUGUCAGACUAUGAUACUGAUGAGGAGAAUCAGAGAGAAAACCCAACAGUCCCUACAAAAUCAAGAGCAAAGAAAACCACAGAAGCUUCACAAUCUUUGUUUGAUGAUGAUGACUCACCUGAUAAACCUGCUCCCAAGAGAAGACGUCAAAGAGAACCAUCUAAGAAACAAACACCUGCAAAACCCGCUUUACCUCGAGUAACCACACCCCAGUCUACUUCACGGAGUGGCAGUAGAACCAGUAUGCGUAAAACAUCUUCUAAUAAAUCUUCAAAUAUAGAUGCUGAUGAUUUACUGGACGAUUUGUAAUUAAUUAUCGACUGCAGAUUACAAUUGUAGCAACAACAAAUGAUGGUCCAAUAAUACAAAGACCCUUCCUUCUAACAUACAUGUAUGUCUGGAAGCAUAAACUGUUAUGAUCUUAGUUAAUGGACAUAUUCUAAAGUUGGAAAUAGCAGCUAUUGUGGCAGGGUGCAUAAAACAAUUCUAGAUCAACUGUUAAACAUUGAGUUUUAGACAAGUUGUCAUGUCCUUUACACAUGUUGAGACAAUCAGUUGUCCCACAUAGAAACAUGCUAAAGGGGUUUGGACUUCUGGGUCUGAGCGCUUUGCUGCUUUUGUAUCAUGGACUGUAAAAUCUAUUUUUAUGAAAAAGAGAAGACGUGAGUGGAAAUCUGAACUUCAAAUACAUGUACUUGUACAUGCCUCAUCACACAUCGAAAGUGACAUAAUGACUCCUCAUAACUCAGUUUCAUCAGAGGAAUGUGUUUCUAAAAACAGGGAUAGUUUGGAAGUAUAAUUACAAAAUAUUGUAUUACUUAAGGAAUAAAGACAGAGGUUUU